AUGGGUGACUCGGUACAUUUUCAGUUGUGCCCACGUGGGUACUGCUGCCCAGCUGUCAAUCAAAAUUGCCCUUACUACAAUGAAAGCUAUCAGAAGUCUGGUUGUCAAGGUAACCGGACAGGGAUUCUCUGUGGCAGUUGUAAGGAGAAUUUCAGCGAGGCGUUAUUCCACACUAACUGUGCUCGGGACGACGAAUGCACUCAUCUCUGGUACCUGAUCGUAUUUUUCAUUUGCGCAAUGUUAUUCGCGUUUUACCUUAUCCGUAAACCUCCAGUUUUUCAAAAGAUAAUGAAAAUGUUAACAUGGUUCAUCUCAAGUAACAGCCGAAAAGAUUACCACGACGUCAACAAAUCGGAAAAUGGACAGAAAGCAAUAGCUACGUCAUCGUUUUCUUCCCACGGUUACCUGAAAAUUCUCUUUUAUUUUUAUCAAGUUGCAGGACUGUUGACUGUUCCAUCAUAUGGUGCAGGAGAAUUAUUAACAGAUAAGAUUGUAUUUCCAAUAACAAGCAUUUUCGACUUUAAACUAUAUCCUCAUAGCGACUGGAAUAUUUGCCCUUUUGCAGGUCUCACGCCGCUGACCAAAACACUGACUCAAGUGUUUGUCGUCAUGGCAAUUUUCUUGGCAAUACUGUUUAUUUACCUUCUGCACAGCGGGCGUAACAAACUGCGCAAGCGUACUCCAGUGUUUCCCUUAAAAGGUCCAUACCUUGAGAGCGUGUUGCUAGGGUACUCAGCAGUGACAGGGACCACAAUGAGGCUACUGUACUGUGUAGAAAUACAGCACGUGCAUCGAUGGUACUACAACGCGGAAAUCACGUGCUAUCAAUGGUGGCAAAAGAGCACUAUAGCAGUCAUUAUUCUGUUUUUAUUUUCCUUUAUAUUCAUGCUUUAUGACGGCUCCUUGCGCCUACAUCGGCGACAAAUUUCAGCGAAGAAGUUUCUACUGGCUUGCGUUUUUCCUCUUCCAUACCUGCUUUAUGCCGGUGUUGUAUACCUAAAGAAAGCGUUAAAGUGGCCGCUUUUCUCCCAAGAACUGAAAUCAAAGUCGUCUAUUGUUGAUCUUAAAGAGGAUCGUGAAACAUCACUCCAAUGUUCUUUAGAGGCCUCUAUCCUUGAAGUUCUAAGCGCACCAUUUUCCAAGCAAAACCAAGACGACCAAACACCAGGCAAGAUCUACUGGGAAAGCAUUCUGAUUGGCCGGCGAUUUAUCUUAAUCCUGAUUGGUUGGUUCAUGACACAAACCUUCCUACGGUCUGUUUGCCUUGCCAUCACGUGUCUUAUCUUCCUUUUACACCACCUCCACACAAAACCCUUUGCAAAGUACUUGGCCAACCUAGCCGAGACUGUUUCCUUGGCAACAUUGGUCGUCAUAGCAAUAUUAAAUGUCGGAGUAGCAUCGUAUUACUCCGCAGGAACUGAGUAUCAAGGUCUUCAAAAACAACAUGUAUACCGCUGUGUUUGGGCCGAAGCGAUUCUACUGGGCGUCAUUCCAUUAACGCUUAUCAUUUUCCUUGCCUUGUUACUGAUGUCGCAGUUCGUUCGGUUGAUGAUGGGUUUAAUAAAA